UCUCUGAAGAAGAGAUAAGUAUAGCUUAAGCCAUUAAUGGAUCAACUCACUAGAGUAAAAGACUUACCUGUUCCUGAAUUUGGCACGCUUCAUGCAUGGGAAGCUCGAGCAAGUGCUGCUGUGCGUGCAGCAAAUGGUGAUUCCGGUGCUAUUGAUCCUUCCAAAUCUUCCCAGGGACUGGGUUAUGGUGGAACGUCAUUGCCUUUUGUUGGAGACACCAAGGUUGAAGUUGACUUUUCUGGGACUGAAGGCAAGGGAGAGAAUAUUAAAUCUGAAACUGAAAGUUCAUCUCUGAAAGUUUUGCCACCAUGGAUGAUCAAGGAAGGAAUGAACCUCACAAAGGAACAACGGGGAGAGGUCAAGCAGGAGUUGAGGAUGGAUGGCAGUUCAACAGCUGUAGAAUUUUCAGAUGACAAAAAGGCAACAAUUGAAAAUGAUGAUAAGAAGAAUAUACAGGAUGAGUAUAUCAAAGCAUAUUAUGCUGCUUUACUCAAGAAACAGCAAGAAUUGGACGAAGCUGCUAAGAAAGAACAUGAAUUGUCAAAUACACACUCCUUCAACGGUGUUUCUGACACAACUUCUAAUCUCCAAGUUGGGAAAAAGUCAAAACGUGAUGAGGAUGAGGGAGAUGAUGAUGUGGAAUGGGAAGAGGCUCCAGUUGCUGGCUCAUCAGCUAAACAACUCACUGAGAAUAAAGAAAUUGGAAUUGGUUACAUAAAGCAGAUUCUUGGACUUCAGCAGCAGGAAGAAUACACCAAUGUAAAAUGUUUGUGAUAUGGUCAUUUGAUGAUAAUGACUGAUCAGGAUCAUGAUGGUUCCCACAUCAAAGGGCUGGUCAUCAAUUUUAUUCAUUCUUACUGGCCAUCACUGU